CCCAACAGAGGCACCAAGCGGACCCGGGACGACGAGGAGGAGGAGCUGAAGGGGCGGCCCAAGCCAGCCGGGUCCCGGGAGCGUGGCCGUUUCCGGGAGGAAGACCCCCCGGCUGCCGAGGAGUCCGAAGAGGAGAAGAAGAAGCUGCACCACGUCUUUGAAAAAGGCGAGGAGGAGGAGGAGGAGGAGGAACCUCUGGAUGAAAGCUCCGUGAAGAAGAUGAUCCUCACCUUUGAGAAAAGAUCUUACAAGAACCAGGAACUCCGGAUCAAAUUCCCAGACAAUCCAGAGAAAUUCAUGGAAUCCGAGCUGGAUCUCAACGACAUCAUUCAAGAGAUGCACGUCGUCGCCACCAUGCCGGACCUCUACCAUCUCCUGGUGGAACUCAACGCCGUCCAUUCCCUCCUUGGGCUGCUGGGGCACGACAACACCGAUGUCGCCAUUGCGGUGGUGGACCUUCUGCAGGAGCUGACAGAUAUCGACACCCUGCAUGAAAGUGAGGAAGGAGCCGAGGUCCUCAUAGACGCCUUGGUGGAAGGGCAGGUGGUGGCCUUGUUGGUGCAGAAUCUCGAGCGGCUGGAUGAAGGCGUCAAGGAAGAGUCGGACGGCGUUCACAAUACGCUGGCUAUCAUUGAGAACAUGGCGGAGUUUCGGCCAGAGAUGUGUGUGGAUGCUGCUCAGCAAGGUCUGAUGCAGUGGCUCCUCAAGAGAUUGAAGGCUAAGAUGCCUUUUGAUGCCAACAAGCUCUACUGCAGCGAGGUGCUGGCCAUCCUCCUCCAGAACACGGACGACAACCGGGAGAUGCUGGGAGAGCUGGAUGGGAUUGAUGUGCUGCUUCAGCAAUUGUCGGUCUUCAAGCGGCACAACCCGGGUCCGGCGGAGGAGCAGGAGAUGAUGGAGAACCUCUUUGACUCCCUCUGCUCUUCGCUGAUGCUGAGCUCCAACCGGGAGCGCUUCCUGAAGGGGGAGGGGCUGCAGCUGAUGAACCUCAUGCUCAGAGAGAAGAAGAUCUCCAGGAGCAGCGCCCUGAAGGUCCUGGACCACGCCAUGAUCGGGCCGGAGGGGGCCGACAACUGCCACAAGUUCGUGGACAUCCUGGGCCUUCGCACCAUCUUCCCGCUCUUCAUGAAGUCCCCCAAGAAAGCCAAGAAGGUGGGCACCUCCGAGAAGGAGCACGAAG